CCCUCAUCCCUGGCCUCGCUCAGAGCCAAAGCGGAUUCUGGAGAAAGAACUCGCAGUCCUAGGGAAAGGGAGGGACGCCCCUCGGCCCCUUCUCGCGCCACUCCCGCUGCCCCCACCCGUGUCCGUUGUUGGAGAAGAGAGGUGUCGGAUUACCGCAGCGGGGGCUAUAGUUAGCCGCGGGACUUUGUUGAUCGGCGGGACUCCCGGGACAGCGCAGCGCCAGCCGGGACUUGAGCCCCCUGCCGCCAGCCAGAGCUAUCAGCGCCCCUUCCCGCUCUUGCCCCUGCAACUUCCAGAGGAACGGACCCAGGUCUCUGUCCCCCGGGCCAUCGCCACUGGUGCCUUGACAUCUGGACCUCGGUUUCCUGAGUCUCUCCCCAAAAAUGAUGCUGGUGGCUCUGCUGAUGGCUGUUCACGCCCUCUGGCAGGCCCAGGCUGUUCCCAUCCUGCCCCUGGGCCUGGCUCCAGACACCUUUGAUGAUGCUUACGUGGGCUGCACAGAGGAGAUGGAAGAGAAGGCAGCCCCUCUGCUGAAGGAGGAGAUGGUCCGCCACUCCCUGCUGCGGGAGUCCUGGGAGGCAGCCCGGGAGGCCUGGGAGCACAGGCGUCGAGGGCUCACCCUGCCCGCUGGCUUCAAAGCCCAGCAUGGAAUCGCUGUCAUGGUCUAUACCAACUCAUCUAACACUUUGUACUGGGAGCUGAACCAGGCUGUGCGGACAGGCGGUGGCUCCCGGGAAUUCUACAUGAAGCACUUCCCCUUCAAGGCCCUGCAUUUCUACUUGACCCGGGCCCUGCAGCUGCUGCAAGGCAGUGGGGGCUGCAGCAGGGGACCUGGGGAGGUGGUGUUUCGAGGAGUGGGCACCCUUCACUUUGAACCCAAGAGGCUGGGGGACUCUGUCCGCUUGGGCCAGUUUGCUUCCAGCUCCCUGGAUAAGGCAGUGGCCCACAGAUUUGGUAAUGCCACCUUCUUCUCUCUAAGGACUUGCUUUGGGGCCCCUAUCCAGGCCUUAUCUGUCUUUCCUGAGGAGCGUGAGGUGCUGAUCCCCCCACAUGAAGUCUUCUUGGUCACCAGGUUCUCCCAGGAAGGAGCCCAGAGCCUGGUGACUCUCUGGAGCUAUAAUCAGACCUGCAGCCACUUUAACUGUGCCUAUCUGGGUGGGGAGAAGAAGCGGAGCUGUGUGUCUAUACAAACAGGAGGGCACCCAGACUCCACCUCUCAGGGGGACUUCUCUUUACUCUCCUGGAAGACCCUGUUCUUGGCACCUGAGGGUUUCCAGAUCUCAGGAGCUGGGCCCUGAAAGUUCAAUGUCUGCCACUUAGGAGUGUGGGGAACUGUUGACCUUCAUAUGAAGAAGGGGGCUUUGAACAGCCUUGAAGCGAGAGAGUGGUUUCAGACACAGCUCUAGCAGCUAAUUCCCCAGGGAUGGGGACCCACCCAGCCAUCUCUCUAUCCGGCCAUCUCCCCUCCCAAACAGGAUGUGGGGGGGAUCUGAGGUCAUGGCAGGGUGGAGGGAGCCCUGCCAUGCGGUGGUGGGGACUUCCUGGGACAAGCACAGGUAAUACUUGGAUGACUUGAUUAAACAGUAUUGCAGUGUGGUGACAUCAAA